AUGGCAGCCCCGGGGGGCCCGGCACUGGAGCCGGGCUGGCUCCUCUCCCCCGAUGGCCGCCCCUACCUGGACUCCAUCCUCCGGAAGAACCAGCGCAGAGUUUUUGCUCUGCUGGAGCACCCAGCCCUGCCCCCCAGCCUGGCUGCCCCCACCAUCACCUACAAACUCUUCGUCUCCGGCAAGAGCGGCGUGGGCAAGACCGCCCUGGUGGCCGCGCUGGUGGGGACCCCGGUGCCCCCCGUCCACCACGAGACCCUGGGUAUAGAGGUCUCCACUGUGUACUGGCCAACACAAGACCGGGCCACCAACCGCCCCAUCAUCUUCCAGCUCCAUUUCUGGGAUUGCGGCGACGGGGCCCUGAGGAAGUUUGAGUAUCUCCUGCCUUCUUGUAAGGAGGAGGCAGACGCCGUCCUCUUCCUCUUCUCCUUCACCGACCGCUCGUCCUUCGAGGAGCUGCCGGCCCAGAUGAGCCGGGUGCUGGGCCCUGAGGAGGAAAAGCUCCUUAGGGUGGUCGUUGGCACCAAGUGUCCUUCUCAGGGAGAGGGUCCUGGAGGCGGGGGGGGAGGAGGGGGUCUUCAUGCCCCUCAUAAGCAGGUUUGCACCUCCAUAUUUCACCCUACUUGA